GCCGCUGCCGCCGCCGCCGCCGCCGCCCGGGACGGAGCCGGUUCUCCCCCUCCCCCCGGAACAUAGGCAGCGCCUCGUCUUAGCCUGGACCCCCUGACCCCCUGCUGCCAAUACGGAAUAAGGGCCGAAGGCGGAGGCUCCCGUCCAGACAUGGUGGACUGAAACUCAGGAGUUUCCUGGCCCAUUGCACGACUCUGCCUCCCUCCACCCGCCCAGAGCUCCAGGGGAAGGAGGGGGGCGUCUUUUCCCGCUUCCCUCCUUUCUUUCUUGUUUGCUGUCCCUAUGGAGCAGCUAUCCCCUGUCUUCGACCAUGCCUAGAAAAAUGGGGAAUGGGCAAUUGCCCUUACCCGACGGCUGGGAGGAGGCGAGGGAUUUCGAUGGGAAAGUCUUCUACAUCGACCACAACACCAAGCAGACCAGCUGGAUCGACCCUAGAGACAGGUUAACAAAGCCAUUAUCCUUUGCAGACUGUGUCGGAGAUGAGCUACCAUGGGGAUGGGAAGCUGCAUACGAUCGUCAGAUUGGUGUCUACUAUAUCGACCACAUAAACCAAACUACACAGAUAGAAGAUCCAAGAAAGCAAUGGCGGCAAGAACAAGAAAAAAUGUUAAAAGAUUAUCUUACUGUAGCUCAAGAUGCACUUAGCACUAAAAAAGAACUGUUCCAUGUGAAAGAGCAGAGGCUGGCUCUUGCCCUGGGUGAAUAUGUACGGCUGAAUGAUGUUUACAAGGAAAAAUCAAGCUCUUAUACAAGUCUAUUCUCAAGCUCCUCUUCCAGCACAAAAUAUGAUCCUGAUAUUCUGAAAGCAGAAAUCUCCACUACAAGAUUAAGGGUUAAAAAACUGAAGAGGGAACUCUUGCAGAUGAAGCAAGAAUUAUUAUAUAAGGAGCAAGGCUAUGAAACAUUACAACAAAUUGACCAAAAAAUGUCUGGAGGCCAGAAUGGAUAUGAGUUAAGUGAAGCCAAAGCCAUUGUGAAUGAAUUGAAGUCUAUCCAAAAAGCUAUAAGCUCUGGUGAAAAAGAGAAGCAAGAUUUAAUGAAGAGUCUUGCAAAGUUGAGAGAAAGAUUCCUCCUUGGUCAAACUGUUGCCCAAUCAGAAUCAGACUUGAGCUGCAGCCUGGCACAUUCCCAACUGUCUGUCUCCAAGCAAACUUUGGAUGCAGGGUCUCAGACAGACAUUUCUGGUGAUGGUUGUGUCAAGAACAUGGCCAAUUUAGCUGAAAAGGUCAGAUUGAGUCUUCAAUAUGAAGAAGCCAAAAGAAGAAUGGCAAACUUAAAAAUUGAACUGUCUAAGUUAAAAAGUGAAGCUUGGCCUGGGGCACUGGAUGUUGAGAAGGAAAAGUUGAUGCUGAUAAAUGAAAAGGAAGAGCUUCUGAAAGAGCUUCAAUUUGUCACCUCAUGUAAACGCACGCAAGAUGAAUUGAAGCAUCUAGAAACAGAAAGGAAGAGACUGGAAGAGGAGCUAUCUAUGAAAAGCACGCCUAGUGAGGAACUUACAGAGAGGUUGAAAUUAGAAGAUAGAAAGAAUAAAUUAGUUAAAAAACUUGAAGAAACUAGUCACCUAACAACUCAUUUACAUUCCCAACUUAAAAGCCUCUCUGCCAGUACAUUAUCUAUGUCUUCAGGGAGCAGCUUGGGAUCCUUAGCAUCCAGUCGAGGGUCCCUGAACACAUCUAGUAGGGGGUCACUGAAUUCUCUUAACUCUACAGACCUCUACUACAACCAAGGUGAUCAACCUGCAGAUUUAGACUAUCAAUAUAAAUUGGAUUUCAUAUUGCAAGAGAAAUGUGGUUAUAUUCCUUCAGGCCCUAUUACCACCAUUCAUGAAAAUGAAGUGGUCAGCUCCCAUGAGAAAAUGGGAUACAGUGACUCUUCCAGUUCUUUGGCAGCAAAUCAUGCACCCAAAAUAACUGAACCUCCUAAAUCUGUCACAUCAUUCUCUUCAAGAUCUUCCCUUUCAUCAUUAUCUCCUCCUGAAUCACCCUUGGUUUUAGAAGGUGGAUUUUCAGUCCCUCCUCAAGAUUCUCCAUUGCAUCAUUUCACCACGGACUUUGAGGACUGUGAUUUACCCAGUGACUUUGCAGGUGUUACCACCUGUGAGAACCAAAUUUUGCUGGAUUCUGAAACUAGAAUAUCUUCUCAAUCACUUGUUAAUGAUAAAUACCACAAUGAAAGUGUUGCACAGAGCAUAUCACAUUCAAGAAAUACAGGUGUUGACUUUUCAAGAAGAACAACUCAUUUGCUUGACGAGAAGGCAGGCUGUGUAUCUGCUGCUGUAUCUGAUGAGUCUGUGGCUGGAGACAGUGGUGUAUAUGAAGCUUCUGUUAAACAGCCCAAUAACAAUGAAGAAGUUGCAUGUAGUGAAGAUGAUACCACAAUUCUGGAAACUGCUCAAGUUCAAAUAGGGCUCCGAUAUGAUACGAAGAGCUCAAGCUUUGUGAUCAUUGUGAUGCAGUUACAAAAUCUUCAGGCUCUUUCAAUAGCCCCUGGUAGCAAAAUAUAUUUUAGACUUGCACUCCUCCCACCUUCAACUGACAUCAACUGUCUAUUCCGUACAAAGAUCCAUCCUGCUACUGAACCUCUUUUAUUUAGUGAGAUGUUCAGAGCAGUUAUUUCCCAGGCAGUCUUGCAGCAGAAAACUUUGAGAGUAGAUAUCUGCUCUGUCAGUAAAACUCACAAGGAAGAAUGUCUAGGUGGAACUCAGAUAAGUCUGGAAGAUGUAUCCUUUUCACAUGAGAUGUCUACUCUGUGGUAUAAUUUGCUGGCUUCUAAGCAGACUGUUGAAAAAAGGAAUAUGAAGCCAAAGAAGUAUUCUGCCUUUGUAGCAACCAAUCCAUCGCCUGGUUCCUUGGAUGCUGUCUCAGCAUUGUUGGAAAGGACAUCAGCUGAGCUGCAAGCUGUAGAACAAGAGUUGGCAGAGAAGGAGGGAGAAGGGGAGGAGGAAGAGGAAGAUGAAGAAGCUCAGGAUACACAGGAAAACCAAAGUUGUGAAGAAGACUGGCUAGGAAUACUGGCAGAAGCAUCCAGAGAAAUUGUGAAUGAAGAAGAGAACAAUAUUAAACGGACAGAAGAAGACAGAUGCACAGAUAGCAAGAGACUGAACUCUAAUUUGGAACAGGCAGAUGGAAUUGAACAUGAGAAAGACAGCAACUUUACAGAAGUGGAUCUCAACACACAAACAGUGGUAUCCCCAAUACUGGUUGAUAGGGAAACAAAUACAGAAGAUAGGACUGAGUGUGUAGCUAUACGACCCAAGGACAAAGCCAGCCUGAAGUCGCAACAGCAUCCCUUUGUCAGAAACAGCAUGAUAGUACGCUCGCAGACAUUCUCUCCAGGCGAGCGGAACCAGUACAUCUGUAGGUUGAAUAGAAGUGAUAGUGAUAGCUCAACACUGGCCAAAAAAACUCUCUUUGUGAGAAAUUCCAUAGAACGGCGGAGCUUGAGAGUUAAAAGGCCUACUUGCCAGUCCAACCUGCGAAGAGCAACGCGAGAACGCCUGGUCCGUACUUCUCUUGACUUGGAGCUAGAUCUUCAGGCUUCCCGGACCCGACAGAGUCGCCUGAAUGAUGAACUACAGACACUUCGUGCUCUUAGGCAGAAGUUAGAAGAGAUGAAAGCAAAAGGGCAGACAGAACUUCCUCCGUGUGUUUUUGAGGAUGAAAGAUUCCAAAAGCUUUUGAAGGAAGCUGAAAAAGAGGCUGAACAAUCAAAGGAGAAAAAGAAACAGGGGUUAAACGCAGAAAAACUCAUGAGGAAAGCUUCAAAAGAUGUGUGCCGAUUACGAGAACAAAGCCAGAAAGUGCCACUACAGGUGCAGUCUUUCAGGGAGAAGAUGGCAUACUUCACAAGAGCGAAAAUAAGCAUACCAGCUCUACCAGCUGAUGAUGUCUAACAAUAUUUUGCAUCGCAAGGUGUUUUUCAUUUUUUAAGUAAAUGCUUUUAUAUUAUUGUUCUACAGUCUUUUAAAGAGAUAUUUUUUGCGUUCAACCUUAGAUACUGUUUAUAAAAAUACGGUGCAUUAUGCUCUAAUGUAACAUUUCAAAAGUAAAAACUCCUCCCAUUAUCUUUUCUCUAGAAAUCCAAAGUAGAAUGCAUUUGGUACACUGAUGAUGCUAAUUUUGUACAGUUUGUAUAUGUAUUACAGAUAUGCUACUAUUCUGUAAAUACGGAUGUAAGAACAAAGGUAAUGCCUAGUAUGUAUAUCCUAUUGAACUGCGCUGCUGCUCUGUAUCAUGAAAUACGUUCAACAGGAGGUUUCAUUUCACUGUUUUUUUUUCCACAAGACAGACUGUGAAAAUGGCUGUUGAGCCAUGCAAUAGGUUUUGAAAAAAGAGUAGUAGUAGUAGUAGUAGUAGUAGUAGUAGUAGGGUGUGUACAUAGCUUUCAGGAAAUGUGAGUCCUCUUCCAUACCAGCAGGUCUGUCUCGUGCAAACAGGUGCUGUUUAAAUUUCUGCUGUCUACAUUGGAACUUUCAACUUAGCCAAAAGGGUUUUUCCUUUCUACCUUUUUUGAGUGAAGGAAGAGGCCUAGGAUACUAAGCUGGAAGAAUAUACUUUUUGAAUGUACUGAAACUUGGGGCUGUAUUUGAAUUUUCAAGUCUCACUGUAUCUUGGAGCUUGGACAAAACAUGGGGCAAGUAUGUAACCCCACAAGGGUUAAAACUGAAAAUACCCAAAUAGAAGCUGUUUUCCGAAAAUGGACUCAGAUUCACAUGCAGAGUAUUUUAAACCUGAGUACUCAAAGAAUGAAAGUUAAAACAGACAUGUAAAUACAACCAGUAAGAGGUUAUUAAAAUAGUUACAUUCAUAGAGCCCAAAAAGACCCAUUUUCACAAGAAUUGUUCUUAAGAAAUGCAUUGAUCUAAAGAAGUGUUUCUCAACCUGGGCAACUGUAAGAUGUGUGGAGUUCAACUCCCAGAAUUCCCCAGCCAGCUUGCUGCAGAAUUCUGGGAGUUGAACUCCACACAUCUUUAAGUUGCCAAGGUUGAGAAACAUUAAUUUAAGCACCCAUUGUAUAUUAUUGUUAUAGAGAUUUCUUUUAAGAAAACCUGAUAAUAAGGAGCACUUAAAAUGAUAUUAGUAGGGUUAAGAUUAAAUAGACCAUGUAAGUUGUUUCCUAAAUUAAUUGUGGCACAAUAAGGAUUAAACAUGAUCAAUAAUCUUAGAUCGUUUAAACAGCAGCAUGUUUAGAUACAGGAUGAAAGACAGUAUGAAUGCAUGUAUCACAAUUUGAAUUGGAAACCAUUUUUCAGGUUAUUCUCCAAAGUAACCUUCUGUAUACAAGCUUACAUUAGGCUGUGCAAAGUAUUUGAAGAGGUGCUUCGCAAAGCAUGUUGGCCCAAAUAAAAUCUCACCCCCAUCCUCAAACCACUGAGGACGCUACAUCUUCCAGAAGGCUCAAGUUGGAGAAGGCUGCUUGUUCAGUCAUCCUUCUACAGUAUGUAGGAGCUGCUUUACCAGCUGUCCCCGGGGUUUCCGUCCAUGUAUGUACAUGUGCAGAGUCUAUGAACGUCUUUAAAGCCUAGAAAACCUGCCAAAACUUCUGAAGGAUCACUUCAAGGAGGUUUGCUUCAUUCACCUCAUCAUUGGGUUUUGCAUAGCCCUAGUACAGACACAGGUUUUCUUGGCAGUCCCUUGGUAAUUCUCAUCUGAUAACCAGGCACUGAUUAGUUCUGAUGUCAUCAUCAUGGAACACACAGUGAAUGGCACUUUGUUUCAGCUGUGAUGUCACAAGUUUUGCAGAUCAGACCAGAGCAAGGCAUCUAAUUGCUAAGAAGGGAUUGAAGAGCUAAUAGUGUAAAGAUUUUGCUAAAUUAAAUCUGCAUGCCAUAUUCCCCACUGAAUAAAGUAGAACUUCUGAGUAUGCAUUUGUAGGAUCAGGCUUUUUAAACAAUGUAAAUAUUGCUUCCAGCCUAUGGAAUUUCAGAUAAUGAGAGCAUGUAAGUUGUUUAGGCAGUUUUAAAGCCAUUUGAUGAAAGUACAAAAAAAAUGACAUGUUUUUCUGUAUGUGUUACAUAUUUACAAACACACACACAAAAGCCCACUGAGGAAACAAAAAGGCUUCUACUAAUUGCAUACUUGUUCAUUUUGCAACAUAAUUGUAUAUUAACAUGCUGUAUUUUAUUUUCCAAGGAUAUAAUAGUCUUGUUGAAAGAUUAGGAGAACAUUUACAGUAUGUUCAUUGCCAUCCUUAGAAUUACAGGAGGAAAUAAAUUAUUGUGUCUUAAUUUAUUUUUGUAAAUCUCCCAAAGGGUUCUAUUAUUAUGCACAACUAUGUGUAAUUAUUCAGAUCUUUUCAACAUUACUUCUAACUUGGAGGUAGGAAACUAAUUGUGCUUAAUAUUUUAUGGGUACCCCUCUUUUUUUAACCCAUGUUUUAGAAGUGAACUGAACAGAUACAUGCCAUUUAUUCUGUCAAGGUCAAUGUCUAAAAGCUGAAGUCGCAAAGUUAUUUAAUAUAGAAAUGAAGGCUGACUGUUUCAGCUUCUCAGUUUGACAAUAUAAUAAUGUUUAGAAUGAUGUAUAGAGUUGUAUCUUGUGAUUUAUUUAUUUUUAGUCUUAUUUAUGUACUGCUUAAUAUAGUUCGGUUCUGCACAUUUAAAUUUGCGUGUUAAAGAAAGCUACUGUGCAAACUGUUUUAUGCACACGUACAAAUACACCUCCCGCUUUCUCUUCUGAAUGUACACUAACAGUGUUCAGAGGGAAACAAAAGGAGUAAGAAUAUUUGCAAGAAUAAUUUUGUUGGCUGUUUGUAAAAAAGAUCUUCCAUCCAUGCAUUUUUUCACGUGCUAAAUUGCAGCAAUCUCAACUAAUUCUUAGGAAUACAUUUUGAAAUCCUGGAAGUUUUAUACAAAGUCUGUUUAGAGUUUUGAAACAACUUUGAAAACCGUGAUAAUGGACAAAUACCAGUCAAGUGUCAUGCUACACAGAUAUCACUUUUAUCGUAAGAGCUACCUAUCAGAUAAUAGAUCAGGUGUAAUUAUAUCUUGAUUGCCAUUACUUCAGUACAAUUUUGUACUGUUUAUCAUAUUCUAAGUAUUCCAAGUAUUAUACAAUAUUGCUUAGCCAAAUGAACGAAGUAUAGCAAAUCUUUUAUUGGAUGAAAAUAAAAUUUCAAUUUUUUACACUGAUGUUAUAUUUAAGUAUUAAGUGCUCAGAACUGAACUAAAUAUUUAAUCAGGUUAUAUCAUAAAUGUCUUUCUAUCCUAAUAUUGUCUGUAUAUGUACACAUCACCUAGAUUAACCUUUGUCUCUGCACUUUCCAGUUGUUUCAAUGAUUUGGAAAAAUACAGUUUUUUAACAG